AUGGCAAAGGUUUCCGGGGUAGAAGCGAAGACGCCCAACGUGUUGGUGAUUUAUUUUCUUCGGGACUGGCCAGUAGUUAGCGCUCCUCUGAUAGUACCAGUACUGGCGCUGGCGGUUCGCUAUAGCCCGGUGCCACUGCGGCUGGCGCCUGUAUGGCUUGCGCGCGGCACGGUCAGGAACCUGCACGCUUCGCCUAGCAAGGACAUCAGGAAAUUUUUUUUUUUUAAAGCGCAUGCCUUGUUUAUUGGCGCCGAGUCCUCUGUCUGUUCUUUGUACGAACCGGCAAUACCGCCGCGCGGUGGGGAGAUGUGGUUCCGCUUCGGCCCGCCAAGAGGCAAGAGAAGAGGGACUACAAAAUCCAGAUCAGGCCCUCCAUCCAUCACCGUCCAUCAGCCUCCAUCGACUGCUCACCUGCUGCCUCUCGCAACAAAUAGGAGCCCCGCGCCCACGCCGGCCGUGUCCACCCACCCAUCCGCCGCUCCCCAUCAACCCAGCCACUCUUUAUUAUCCCUGCGUCUCUCACUUUUUGCUUCCUCCAUUCUCCUCCAUUUCGUCAUUCUUGUCACAUACCGCAGCAUACCUGGAUUUUGCCACACACACACUCACAACUCCCACACUUGCCGACACCACAUCCGUCACCUCACCUCACCCGCCACAGCCAUGACCCGAAUCUACCGUGAUGACGACGACGAUGACCGUACCGUCCGAGGCAGUACCACUAUUACACGCUAUAAAGUUGGCCCCUCCAAAAACGUCGACCGUUUCGAACGCAUAGAAGUGGAAGACGAUACCCGCUCACGCUACUCUUCUGGUCCCCGUCGAGUCUCCAACGAGUUUCUCGACCGUACCCGAUCCAACGUUGACCCCACCGAGCGCAACCGCACCAUGAUGGAAUCCGAUCGUGAAUGGGACCGACGCUCCCGCGCAGACGAUAUUCGCGUCGAGAGACGAGUCGAGGAAUCCUUUGAAGACUCUCGUGGCCACGACGUAGAGCGCUACCGCAAAGAGACCGAGUACUACGCCGCUGAGCCAGCAUCUCCUCCUGUCGUUGUCCGCCAGCAUGUCCCUGAAGUCCAGAAGAUUAUUGUCCAAGAUGCUUCUUCCUCAUCUCAACCCUUCUAUUACGACCGAGAUCGCCCUGAACCCGGCCCCAUAGUUGUCAGAGACCGCCCCAUCGUUGUCAGAGAUCGCGAAGUCGAUCGCGAAGUCUACCGCCGUGGCCCCUAUGAUGAUGGCUACUACUACAGACAUGAACGCCGCGAGUUUGGACCCGGGCCCCUUGGUCCCUACCGCGGCGACCCCCGCGACCCCUACUACCGCAGGGACACAUUUGCUCGUGAUCGCGACUGGGCCAUGGCUAGAACGGAUGGACAUCGCCGCGAUGAGUACUACAGCGAGGAUGAAGACUACUACGUCAACAGCGGCCGCCGUCACAAGUCCCGUUCUCGUCGUCACCGAAGCCGAAGCCGGUCUCGCACUCGCAGCAAGAGCUCUGACCAUCACAAACUUCACCUUGCUGAAGGUGCUCUUGCUGGUGCCGGCGUCACUGCUCUGUUACAGAGCAAACGCGAUGAGCAUGGAGACCUUCCCGAGAACCGAGGCCGCAAGGUCCUUGCCGGUGCUGCCCUUGGCGCUCUCGGCACCGAGGCACUCAAGAGGGCCCACAGCGCCUAUGAAGACCGCUGGGGCGAUCGCGACGAGUCUCCCAAUCAUCACUCUAGAAUCAAAACUGGCUUGGGUAUCGCUGCCGUCGCUCUAGCUGCUGCCGGCGCUGCCAAGUACUUCCAGGCAAACAAAAUCGAAAAGGAAGAGGCCCACCGCGGCCGUAGCCGCACGCGCGGGUACGCCUCCGAUGGUUACUACGACUCGCGUUCUCGCUCUCGAUCCAGCCGUCCCCAUAGCCGGCGCAGAAGUGUGUCCAAAUUCGCCAAGGCUGCCCUCGGCACUGCAGCUACCGCUGGUGUACUGCGACACUUGCACAACAGAUCCAAGUCUCGUGGCGGUGACUCCCGCCAACGCAGCAAGUCACGUCUCCGCACCGGUGCUAAGAUUGCUGGUGCGGCCGCGGCUGCUGGCGUUGCGAGCAAGCUCUACAAAAAUCACCAAGAGAAGAAGGAACGCUCCCGCUCCCGAUCCCGCGCACGGGGCGACGCGGAGGAUGAUCGCUCCUAUCACCGGCGGGACAGAAGUCGCAGCAGGUCCAUGGCCCGAUCCCUCCAUUCCGAUGCUGGGGCUGAUAGAGAGCUAGGCUUAGUUGAGUACGGCAACGGAGACCUGCCUCCCGCCCGACGCGGUUACGAAUCCGAUGGCGAGCGCCCCAGCAGGAGGCGCCGGAGUAGGCGACGCGAACGCGACAACUCGUCAUCCGCCUCCGACGACGGACGCAAAAGAAGUCAAAGCCGACUUCGAAACAUGGCGGCCGCCGGCGCAUCCGCCUUUGGCAUCAAGGAGUACAAGGACAGAAAGGAUCGUGAGAAGCGUGAGCGCAAAACGAGAGAGCGACAGGACUCACAAGAUGCAUACGAUGGGUAUGAUGAAGGCGACCGCCGGAAUGACAACCGCGACCGUCGGAACGACCAUCGUGACCGUCGGAAUGACAGGAAUGACAGGCCGUCUUCGCCGCCACAUGCCUCUGGGGGGGCCUAUUAUCCACCGUAUCCAACCACGCCGGCUGCUGGAGGGCCUGGCGACCACCAACCUUACGGUAAUCCAGGCGCUGCUCAGUCGCGCGAAUAUCAACCAUACGUGCCCCAGGAUUACAUGGGCUACGCCCCUCCACCACCACCUGGUCCACCUCCGGCCCCCAUCCCUGGUCCGAUGACGGGAUACCCGCCGGAGCCGCCGCCCGGACCUCCGGAACCCCCUGGCCCGUUUCCAAGUGGUUCCCCUCCUGGCCCAACCGCCGGACCUGUCGGACCAGCACCACAUGUGAGUAACCGUACCCAAAGUGCAGACAAUGCAAGACCUAGUCCAGAGGCCGCUGCGAAAUCGGUGUCUUUCAUUCCCAUGUCGCCCAAGAGCACACGGACGAUGGAAAUGCACAGACGUCAGCAGGAGCUGGCUGGCGAUGGGGAUAUCUCCACUCACGAAGAUGGCAUUUCUGCAAAUGAUCCAGAUAGAAGCGUCGCCCGCCAGCGUCCUUUAUCAGACAUUACGCAUAAUCGGCCCCGCAGUCGUGGACGUAGUCUCGACUCUGAUUCUGACGAACAAGUAGAAGAGAUACCUGCCAGAUUUGACGACCAAGGAUCGCCUCUAGAUGGUCGCUCUGCCAGUCACAAACGCUGGCGUAGUCUUUCUGGUGAGUUUCAAAGUAAGCCGCAACGACCGGGCGACUGGGAUGUGCAAGGAGCGUGGCAUGUGGGCGGCACCAAUCAGGAGGCUGUUGAGCGACUAGCACUUGGUGUGACGAAUGCGCUUGAGGGCCGUGGAAGCUGGAUGCAAGUUCUCGGAGAGGUACUGGGGAGCGGAGUGCUCGGUCCAAACCCCGGCGGCCAAGCACAACAGUUGCAACUGGAAGAGGGAAGGAACCAGGGCGAUGAGGAGAUGAGGAGGAGACGGAGAUGA